GAACAAGGAUCCUCUGAAUGAAACUGUCAUUGGGCUGUACCAGAAGUCAUCGAUGAAAAUUUUAUGCCAUCUUUAUGCCAGUUUUGCUUCCAUAGAUGAAGGGAUCUGCAGCAGUUCCUCAGCUGGACUGUCAUCUCAUUUUCCAGCUGAAGGUGGUGGGAAGAAGAAAGGAGCCAAGAAGAAGGGCUCUUCCUUCCAAACCGUCUCUGUAGUCUUUCGGGAAAAUCUGAAUAAGCUGAUGUCUAACUUGCGAACAACUCAUCCUCACUUUGUGCGUUGCAUCAUUCCCAAUGAAACGAAGACCCCAGGCCUGAUGGAUCACAAGCUCGUUCUGCACCAGCUGCGAUGUAAUGGAGUUCUGGAGGGCAUUCGGAUCUGCAGGAAAGGAUUUCCUAACAAGAUACCAUAUGGGGAUUUCAAACAAAGAUACCACCUUCUGAAUGCCAGUGCCAUCCCAGAAGGAAAGUUUAUUGAUAGCAGGAAGGCGUGUGAAAAGCUGCUGUCUUCCAUUGAGAUAGAUCAUACUCAGUACAAAUUCGGACACACUAAGGUGUUCUUCAAGGCAGGUUUGCUGGGUGUCCUGGAAGAGAUGAGAGAUGAACGUUUAGGACAGAUGAUCACACGGACCCAGGCUUUGUGCAGGGGAUACCUCCGGAGACUUGAGCUGAAAAAAAUGUUUGACCACAGGGAGUCCAUCCUCUGCAUCCAGUACAACAUCCGUGCAUUCAUGAAAGUCAAGCAGUGGCCCUGGAUGAAGUUGUACUUCAAGUUUAAACCCCUCUUAAAAAGUGUGGGAACUGAGAAAGAGCUGGCCAUGAUGAAGGAAGAGUUUGAGAGAACAAAAGAAGAACUGGAUAAAUCAGAAGCCACCAGGAACAAACUGGAAGAAAAAAUGGUGGCUCUGGUACAAGAGAAAAAGGACCUACAGCUGCAAGUACUAACUGAAAAUGAAAAUUUGGCUGAUGCUGAAGAAAGAUGUGACCAGCUGAUCAAACUAAAAUUCCAGCUGGAAGCAAGAAUAAAGGAGGUAAUGGAAAAGCUGGAAGAUGAUGAGGAGAUGAAUGCUGAUCUGGCAGCCAGAAAGAGGAAACUGGAGGAUGAAUGCUCUGAGCUGAAGAAAGAUAUGGAUGACCUUGAGUUAACAUUGGUCAAGGCUGAAAAGGAAAAGCAUGCCACUGAAAACAAGGUCAAAAAUCUGGCUGAAGUAGUGACAGGUUUGGACGAGACUGUUGCAAAGUUAGUGAAGGAGAAGAAGGCCCUUCAAGAAGCCCAGCAACAGGCACUGGAUGACCUGCAAAUAGAGGAGGAGAAAGUUAAUACCCUCACCAAAGCUAGGAUCAAGCUGGAGCAGCAAGUGAACCAUGUUGAAGGAUCUUUGGAACUCGAAAGAAAAGCGUGUGUGGACCUUGAACGGGCAAAGAGAAAACUUGAGGGAGACUUGAAACUUGCACAGGAAACCAUAGUAGAUCUGGAGAAUGAGAAACAACAUUUAGAUGAAAAAUUAAGGAAGAAAGACUUUGAUUUUAAUGAGAUGCAAAAGAAAAUUGCAGAACAGCGAAAUUCAGGUACUCAUUUGCAGAAGAAGAUCAGAGAAUUGCAGGCUCGUGCUGCAGAGCUGGAAGAGGAGAUCACGAGUGAGAAAACAACUCGGACAAAAGCAGAGAAGCGUUGUGCUGAGCUGGCUCGCGAGCUCGAGGAAACCCGUGGGAGCCUUGAAGAGGCUGGAGGAGCCAGCACUGCUCAAACGGAGCUCAGCAAGAAGCGUGAGGCAGAGUUCCAGAAGAUGCGCCGUGACCUGGAAGAGGCCACGCUGCAGCACGAAGCCACGGCUGCCGCCCUGCGCAAGAAGCACGCGGACAGCACAGCUGAGCUGGGCGAGCAGAUCGACAACCUGCAACGCGUGAAGCAGAAGCUGGAGAAGGAGAAGAGUGAGCUGAAGAUGGAGAUCGGUGACCUGGCCGGUCGUACAGAGGCCAUUACCAAGUCCAAGGCUGUUCUUGAAAAAAGGUACCGCACACUGGAGGAUGAGGUGAGUGAGAUGAAAGCCAGACUUGAGGAGCAACAGAGGAAUGUGAAUGAAAUGGUGAUGCAAAAAGCCCAGCUCCAGACAGAGUCUGGUGAACUAAGCCGUCAGCUCAAAGAGAAGGAAACUGUGAGGUUGCAGCUGUCCAGAAGCAAGCAGGCACUUACACAGCAAAUAGAAGAACUCAAGAGGCAGCUGGAGGAAGAGAUCAAGGCCAAGAACGCCCUGGCCCACGCCCUGCAGUCUGCUCGCCACGACUGUGACUUGCUCCGGGAACAAUAUGAGGAGGAGCAGGAGGCCAAGGGGGAGCUGCAGCGAGCCCUGUCCAAGGCCAACAGCGAAGUGGCUCAGUGGAGAACCAAAUACGAGACGGACGCGAUUCAGCGCACAGAGGAGCUCGAGGAGGCCAAGAAAAAGCUCUCUCAGCGUCUCCAGGAAGCAGGGCAGCAGGCAGACACGCUGAAUUCCAAGUGUGCCUCCUUGGAGAAGAUGAAGUUUAAGCUGCAGGGGGAAGUGGAGGAUCUGAAACUGGACAUAGAGAGAGCAAACACAUCAGCAGCUGCCCUUGACAGGAAACAGCAGAAUUUUGAUAAGGUCAUGGCAGAAUGGAAGGGGAAGUAUGAGGAGAGCCAGCUGGAGCGGGAAGCUCUCUCUAAAGAAGCAGGCUCGCUGAACACAGAGCUUUUCAAAGUGAAAAAUGCCUAUGAGGAAACCUUAGACCAGCUCGAAACAAUCAAGCGGGAGAACUCUGCUCUGCAGCAGGAAGCAGCUGAUCUCACAGAGCAAAUUACUGCAAAUGGCAAAAUGGUCAGAGACCUUGAGAAAGCCAAAAAGCAAGCUGAAGUAGAAAAAAAUGGUCUGCAAACAGCUCUGGAGGAGGCAGAGGCAGCUCUUGAGCAUGAAGAAGUCAAAAUCCUUGGUGUCAACCAAGAACUGACUCAGAUAAAGUCAGAAAUCAGCAGAAAGAUUGCUGACAAGGAUGAGGAGAUCAACCAGCUAAAAAAGAACCAGGAAAGGAUUGUGGAGACAAUGCAGGGUGUUUUGGAUUCUGAAAUCAGGAGCAGGAAUGAAGCCCUGAGGCUGAAGAAGAAGAUGGAGGGAGACCUGAAUGAAAUGGAGAUCCAGCUGAGCCAUGCCAACCGCCAGGCUGCAGAGGCACAAAAACACCUGCACAGCAUCCAGGGAGCUCUCAAGGACACCCAGAUCCAUCUGGAUGAUGCUCUGAGGACACAGGAUGACCUGAAGGAGCAGGUGGCCAUGGUGGAGCGCAGAGCAAACCUGCUGCAGGCUGAAGUUGAGGAGCUCCGGGCAGCCCUGGAGCAGACGGAGCGGUCGAGGAAAUUGGCUGAGCAGGAGCUUCUGGAUGCCACUGAACGUGCACAGCUCCUCCACACCCAGAACUCCAGCCUUUUUAAUACAAAGAAGAAGCUUGAAACUGAUAUAGCACAACUCCAAACAGAGAUAGAGGAUGUUACUAAUGAAGCAAAAAGUGCUGAAGAAAGAGCUAAGAAGGCAAUGACAGAUGCAGCCAGGAUGGCAGAGGAGCUGAAGAAGGAGCAGGACACCAGUGCCCACCUGGAGAGGAUGAAGAAGAACCUGGACCAGACAGUGAAGGACCUGCAGCACCGUCUGGAUGAGGCUGAGCAGGUGACACUGAAGGGAGGGAAGAAAGAGAUCCAGAAGCUGGAGGCCAGGAUCCGAGAAUUAGAAGCUGAACUGCAGGAAGAACAUAAAAAAUCCUCAGAGGCUAUAAAAAACAUCUGCAAAUAUGAACGGCGUUUCAAAGAGCUCACUUUUCAGUGUGAAGAACAAAAGAAGAGCAUGGUUAGGUUACAAGAUCUGAUAGAUCAACUGCAGAUGAAAAUCAAAUCCUACAGAAAACAAGCUGAAGAAGCUGGUGAACAAGCCAAUACUGAUCUCUCCAAACUGAAAAAUGCACUGCAUAAGAUGGGUGAGGCUCUGGAAAGGGCAGAUAUUGCUGAGAGCCAAGUAAAUAAACUCAGAGCUAAGGCCAGAGAAGGCUCUGCUACAAAGGUGGUGUUAGGAACUGAAAAAUGAGCUUCCUCUGGGAUAACUGGAACUUCCACAAAGUACCUCUCCAGCUGUGGAAGUAAUUUUCCCUUUGUUUAUGAACACAAACAUUUUCUGUUGCUGCUGCUGUACCAGUGUCAAUAAAAUAGAUAUCUGCAACUUCAAAUGCUCCAAAUGUGAA